AAAGAUCACUGGAUGUACAUGAUUACAAACAUGUCAAAUCAGAACCAAUAUGCAAUGAACAAAAACUCGUCGUUUGAUAUUAAUAAACAUUAUGAAAUUUUAUGAUGAAUAUUUUAUAUACAGCUGUGUAAUAAGCAUCAAUGUUUCUUUAAUCAUUAAUUAAAUAUAAAGAAACAUGGGGCCAAAGCGUGCAGAGGUGUCCAAGCAAAAGGAAAGAGUUGAUCGCAGGGAGCAAACUAAGCACAAGUUUGAUGUUCUUCGGCUAGAAGUUAAAUAUCCAGGAACAGCGAUAUUGCUUUUACAAUGUCAAGAAAAGCCUGUGCUCCUAGCUGCAGCUGCAGCCUUGGCAAAAUAUGGCAGCAAAGCUAAAGGAAACUUGGAAGUUCUAUUCGACCUUGAUAUUGUGGAUAGUGUGAUUGCACUGAUCACUCAUGAGGAUUUAUUCACCAGAAGGUGCAUUUCCUUCAAUGCUUACAAUAUCUUUUCCUUGCAAUUUCUACAAUACCUUGCAAUCGAUAGGUUUGCUGCAAAGUUAUUAGCUGAGAUGGUUGCUAUUCCCAAUGUCCUUAAUUUUUUGCUGGACUCAAACUACUACAUUCCACACUUUACAAAGGUCUUGAUCAAUGAUCAGGAUCUGUUCAUGCAAGAAUUCUCAUCCUUAAUAUUAGCAGAAAUGUCAAAGGACCCUUUUGGCGCAGCUCAAAUGUUAAAUCAGUGUACAGAUAUGGAUUUUCUGUUUGAGAGAAUCCAGUCACCAGAUCCAGAUGUGAAAAAGAACAGUAUAGAAAUUAUAUAUAAUCUUUUACAAGAUCCUACUGGAGCACCAAUGAUCAUCGAAACAAAGAACUUCAACCUAUCAGCAGUGUACGAUCUCUAUAAUUCCCCAUAUCCUGAAAUUCAGAAGCUAGCCCUUGACGUAGUAACUGAUCUAGUCAGCAGAAACCAGGAUGACCACUUGCAAGACCUUUUUCGAAGAUCAAACGGUCUCCAGGCUUUGCUAAAGUUUUUAGACAAUAUCGAAUGGGAAGAUCUUCACUCAAAGGCAUUCUUGAUUCUUCGCUUAGCCUGUGACAAUGUGGCAACUGCAGAAAUGUUCGAUGACAUUGGAGGUAUUAAGGAGAUGAUGAACUACUUGGAGGGAACUGUCAACUCGAACCUCUUCAUGGAAGCCCUCGACGUGGUUGUUCGUCUGUCAGAUUCCCCUAGGGGUAGACAUGCGUUAUACACGUAUGGAAUCAUCGAUUACUUAUUGCGUACAUUAGUAGGCAAUGUGCAGCCUGAAAUAUACGAAAUUAGUUGCCAUGGUAUUGGAAUGAUGACUCUCUAUGAUAGAGCUGGUAAAGAUUUAACGGCAAGUGGCUGUGUAACCAACAUACUAGACAUAGUAAAGAAUGAGAACUUGAAAUGGAGUACCAGGCAAGCAGCACUGUUCGCUUUGAAGCAACUGUUGACAUGUGACCUCAAGAACUGCGAAAACUUCUUGAGCAUUCAAGGCCAGAAUUAUUUUCUGCGGAUGAUGAAACAACCUAUAGGGAAGGUCCCUGUUGAGGUGCUAGUAGGAAUGGUCAAAUGCUUCAUAAUAAUUGCAAGGAAUCAAAUCCUACGGCCUACUGUUGUCAACGUGGAAGUGAUCGAUGCAAUGUGCACAUCUUUUGAAUUGACCUGUCCAUCGAUGGACGACUUCAAGAUCGCCUGCUGCAACGCUCUCGCUGUUCUUUGCAUGGAAAAAGCUGGAAGAGCCGCGUUUCUGAAGGCCCACGGACAUAAACGCUUAUAUACCUUAUUGACGGAGGUCAGGUCGACCCCAAUAAGGAACGCUGCCGCUCAACUGAUUCAAUUACUAUGCGGAGAUCCGGUUUUGGCCAAUGCUUUCGUAUCCGCUAAAUACUUAAAUUAUAUGCUGAAUAAUCGCCUAAUUGCGAAGCUGAUUCCUUCAUGGGACACCUGCAUCGAAGCCUUGUUUAGUGCGCAUCUGCCGAUCAAGUUUGCUCUCACUGGACGACUUUCCUUGCAUGAUGUCACUAAGGAUGGUUUUUAUGUUCUUCGAAGAAACGUUUGCAAGUAUGCUUUCACAGAAUUACAAUACUCAUAUAUACAAACUAAAAUUAUUUCUUUUCACAGAUUUCCAAUAUUGGAUGAUAUCUUCCGGUUCAAGUACUGUCCAAUGGAGCCCAUAUACGUAGUUAACUGCAUCCGACCCCGUAAAUCAAGCAUCCAGGAGAAAAUAGAAAGUCUAUUAUCUCUACAAGGUGUCAGCAGCACUAGCCUACACAGCAUCAGUGAGAGAGACAUCUUCCUAUCAACCGAGAUCAGAGACCUGAUGAUGGACAUGAAAUUCGGUCGUCUUCAGUGCGACCCUUGCCUCUACAACUAUUUAGAGCUCUUCAAGUGCAAGCUCAUCGCUGCAGAAUCAAAAGAUGUAGCAUUGAAAGCUGAGCAAGGAUUAGUGAAUGUUAGCUACGUUGCUUCUCGUGCUAAGAUGUUAGCCAAAUUCGUGGCUCAACAACUGGCAGGACCAGAUCCUAUGAUCACGUGCGUGGACCAUCAGUUGGAGAUUCAUUUGAAGCAGAUCAAACAUUGCAUUGAGACGAGUGUGAUACCGUUAGGGAUGCUACGAGUGGGUUCCUUUCUGGAGAGAGCUCUGCUUUUCAAAGUGAUGGCUGAUAGGAUACAUUUGCCAGCUGCUCUGGUGCGAGGAGAGUAUGGCGCAGCUUGGGUUGAAAUAGCUGUACCUGAGGUCAAACACUCGACCGAAAAAGAUAUUAUAAAAUAUUACGUGGAGGAAAUGUCCUGUCCAGACAUCGUCACCUUAUACGACUCUGUGCGACACGUCACAAGCGAAGAGGAAGUCUCAAACGAGUCGACUUUCACGGAUCAGGAUGAAACAUUUUACCCGACGAAGUUGCUGAAACCGAAUUUUAUCGUCGACUUGAUAAACAAUCCAGGAGACCUGAUCCCGAUAGACAGUCGUAGAGCAAAAAUGUACUGCGCGAAACAAUUAGAUUGCGACACGGCGUGUGAAGAUGUAAAUGUUUAAUCGCAAAGUUUUAUUUUGUUCAGUUACAUAUCUGUUACAAAAUCUAGCUACGUUCUCGCUUUCUUUGGACUCUGUAGAAAAUCGUAGAGCUUACGAAAUCCUUUAAUAAUAAAACGUAAGAAAUUA